CAUAUAUAUCAAUUUUUUGCGGAAUCGCUAAAUUUUUCAAAUUAUAGUGGUUAUUAAGAGAGGUACAAAAGAAAUCUGAUUUCUUUAAGUGAACAAAAAUAUUAAAAGCAGUAAAAUAUUAAUAAAGAAUUGUUAUUUAAAAUCUUUUGCACAUUAGUUGAAAUAAUUAAUUCUACUUGUUUAUCAGAAUAUUGCUAGCUUAAAUUGAUUAAAAAAGUUAUCUAUCUCUUAAAUUAAAAGACAUCAUUUAGAUUUAGCAAAGGACAUCCAAUUAAUUUAUUUAUAGCUUUUUAGAUAUAUUAAAAAUUUACUAUUAGAGAAAUGAGCUUAGAGGCUUAGUAAAUAAUUAGAAUGCCUAAAGAAUUUUCUAAUAUAAAUUAAGAUUCAAUUAGACAGAAAGGCUAUGAUAUUGUGAAAAACGAAAAUUCUAACCAAUCUUCUAAACAGUCUAUUAGGAAGAAGAAACUAUCUGAGUCGAUUCAAUCAAUGAAUUAGAAAAAUAAAAUUAGAGAGUUAGAUUUUUUAAAUCCAAAUGCUAUGAAAUAAAAUGAGAACUUACAAUUAAGCUAACUAAAUUAAUAAACAGCAUUUUAGCAAAAUCUAAAAUUCGAGUUUUUGAAUACAGCUGAUCGUAUCAAAGAAGAAAGCUCUCUUCAGGGUUUUGCAGAUUUACAGAACUAAAUAAGUACCACAUUUGCCAUUUAGAAACAUCAUAAAGUUAAACAAAGCAACUAACUUGUAAACUAAAACAACAAUGUUUACGAAAAAGAAGUACUGCCAUCUCAAAAUUACUCAGAGUACUAAAAUGAGAGAAUUUUGAAUAAAUCUAAUACCUUUUAACCAAAUUCUUAGAGUAUUUAAAACUAUUCUAACUCUUAAAACGAAUAGUAGAAGAUAUAAUAGUUUAAUAAAGAUAAAAAAUAGAAUAUAAUUUCAAAAUAUUAAGGGGAUAGUUUGCAUAAAUAUUCCUAAAUAAGUAAUGAGUAAUAAUAACAAUAAUAAUAAUAAUAAUAUUUAUUUGAAAACGAUUAUAUUCCUUCAAAUAUGUAAAAAAAAUUAAAUUAGCAAUACUUUGAUGAAAAUAAUCUUUUGAAUAAUAACAAUAAUAAUAAUGUUAUCAGUAUAGAAGCUUAAUAAUCAGAUACUAAAUUUUCUUUUAAUCCAAACAAAAUAAAUAAUACCAACUCCAUCAAUCCAUAUAUAAACAAUACUAUUUUUAAUCAUAGUAGUUCUCAUGUUGUUAAUGAUAAUAAAGGAUAAAUUGAAAAAGAAAUAUGUCCGUUUAAUCAACUAUAACAAGAAAUAGUAAGCCAAACAUUUGCUCUUCCUCCAGUUAUUUUCACUGAUGAAGAACCUAGAUAUGUAAAUGCUGCAUAAUUCAAGAGAAUGAUGAUUAUGAGAAUAAAAAGAGCUGCAAGAGACUUAAAGCAAAAUAAAAUUGUACCUCAAAGAGAAAUAAGAUCAAAAGAAACUACAGAGUUUUAGUAGUAAUAGUAAAACCCAUAAAAGUCAAAAAAGUAUAAAUAUGAAAGCAGGCAUAAACAUGCGACAAAUAGAAUAAGAGACUCAAAAGGUAGAUUCAUUCCAAAGGACUAGCUGCAAGAAUAUUUAGAAUAAUUAGAAAAAGAAAAGAAAUAAAAAGAAUCUUUAGGUGAAUAAAAUUAUUAAAAUAAUUUGGAUAUUAAUCCAAGUGCUUAAUAAUAGUAAAGUAAUUAAAUUAUCUAAAGCAACUAAAAGUAUAACGAUAAAUGUAAUUCUACAGUAUAAAGAGAAGAAAUAUUACAAGAAUAAGAGGAGGAAAAAAAUUAAUAAUAAAUUUCAGAAGAAGCUAAAUAAUAAAAUUAUUAAAAUAAUAUUUUUUAAAUCAGUCAAUAUAAUCAGAAAUAAUCUCAAAAUUCAAAUAAAAAUAUAUUCGCUUAAUAAUAAUUAACCUAUUAAAACUCUCUCACAUGCAAUAAAAACGAAAAUAUAAAAACUAUUUCUCAAAUGAUAACUGAAAUAAGUGAAAUUAAUUAAUAAUCAAAUUAAUAAAAUUUAAAGCUAUAAUGA